AUGCCAUACUUCAUCUUACUGUGCUCGUGCUUUUUACUGAUCCUGAAACCAAUUAGGACAAACACCAUAACCGAGGACGUAGAUGUGUUGGUGAUUUUACCAAAGAAUAACUCCUAUAUCUUCUCGUAUCCAAGAGUCGCACCAGCGCUAGAGUACGCACAGCAGGGGCUGAAACGAGACGGAGGGCAGUACGCUGGGCUUAAUUUCAAAAUACAGUAUGCAAAUUCCGAUUGUGGCAAUGAUGCUCUCUUCACGUUGGUGGACAGAUCGUGCGAGAAGAAGCCGGAUUUAAUUCUCGGUCCCGUAUGCGAAUACGCGUCAGCGUCGGUGGUGAGGCUAGCAUCCCACUGGAACAUCCCCGUCAUAUCGGCAGGUGCCCUGGCCACCGGCUUCAGCCACAAGAACAAAGAAUACUCGCACCUGACUCGAAUCGCUCCCUCGUACCUGAAGAUGGCAGAGACGUUCGCGGCGAUGUUCCAUCAUUUCACCUGGAAGGGCGCACUUCUGGUGUACGAAGAUAACGAUGAGCGGAACUGCUUCUUCACUUUGGAAGGGGUGUACAUUCUUUUGGAGGAAUAUCACAUUAAAACUUACCCCAUCCACACCAAAGAGGAGCAUCUGGACACCGACAGCAUUUUCCACAACAUCCACGACACUGAAGUGGUGAUCAUGUGUAUGGAAGCCGACAUGAUAAGAGACAUCAUGCUCGCCGCCCACAAGCAGAGGCUGACCAACGGCAGUCACGUGUUUUUCAGCAUUGACCUCUUCAACGCCUCCUCUUAUGGAAACGGUUCCUGGAAGAGAGGAGACAAGUUCGACAAUGAGGCAAGGCAGGCCUAUGCGUCCCUCAACACUUUGACCCUGCUCAGGACAGUCAAGCCCGAAUUUGAGAAUUUCUCCAUGGAGGUCAGAAGGUCCGUGCAGAAGUCAGGGUACGAUGACUGCGAAGACUGUGGAAGUAUAAAUAUGUUUGUUGAAGGAUUCCACGAUUCCUUGCAUCUGUACGCCAUUGCCCUGUAUGAGGCCAUGAAAAACGGCUACAGCAAGAAGAACGGAGCAGAGAUCACCUCUCGCAUGUGGAACAGAACUUUUGAGGGAAUUGCUGGGCAGGUGUCUAUGGAUGUAAACGGUGACAGAGAUGGAGAUUUUUCUUUGAUGGUCAUGACUAAUGUGGAAGAAGGAACAUAUGAGGUGGUGGCAAACUACUUUGGCAUCAAUGGCAGUUUUCAGGUGCUACCAUCAUUCAACUUGGACCAUUUCACGCUGAGAGGAAGACACAAAACCCACACAGAGAUACCAGAAAAAUCAUCAGGUGGACUAGGAGUAUCUGCCUUGACUGGGAUCAUAGUUGGAGCUAUAUUGGGAACUGCAAUGCUUAUGGCAUUUUACUUUUUCAGGAAGAACUACAGAAUAACUAUCGAGCGUCGCACACAAAGAGAGGAGUGUGACAUUGGGAAGCACCGUCAGUUACGAGAGGACUCAAUCAGGUCAAACUUCUCAGCACCAUAA